AUGAGAACUUUUGCCUGGACGCCCCACGACAUACCCGGAAUAGACCCUUCUGUUAUGAGCCACAGCUUGAAUAUCUCCAACUACUUCCCACCCGUCAAGCAGAAGCAGAGGAGAUUCGCUCCAGAGGUCAAUCAAGUCAUACAAGAGGAAGUCCAACGGCUCCUGAGCACGGGGGCAAUCGAAGAAUGUUUAUACCCCAGUUGGCUUGCCAACCCCGUCGUGGUCCCAAAGAAGAAUGGGAAAAAGAGAGUAUGCAUAGACUACACAAAUCUAAACAAAGCCUGUCCCAAAGAUAGCUACCCUCUACCAAAGAUCGAUCAGAUGAUAGACGCCACGGCAGGAUAUGAAAGGAUGAGCUUCCUCGACGCCUACUCUGGCUACAAUCAGAUCCCCAUGAAAUCAGAGGAUAGGAUUCAUACAGCAUUCGUAACAGAAGAUGGUUUAUACUGCUACAAAGUUAUGCCCUUCGGUCUAAAGAAUGCAGGCGCGACAUAUCAGAGGUUGAUGCACAAGCUAUUUUCCUCAUUACUCGGGAGAAAUAUGGAGGUUUAUAUUGACGAUAUGGUCAUCAAGUCCAAACAAAGCUCUUCACAUAUAGACGACUUGACGGAAUGUUUCGACAUCCUUGAUGCUUAUAAAAUGAAGUUAAACCCCACAAAAUGUGUCUUUGGGGUAUCCUCCGGACAGUUCUUGGGAUACAUCGUCAGUCAGAGGGGCAUCGAGGCGAACCCAACUCAGAUUGCGUCCCUCUCAGAAAUUAAGGAACCCCGAACCAUCCGAGACAUACAGGCUCUAACCGGCAAAAUAGUAGCAUUAAGUCGAUUCAUAUCACGAAUGUCAGACCGCUGCCAACCCUUCUUGCAGUGCAUAAAGAAGUCUACCAACACUACUUGGGGACCAGAACAGCAAAAAGCAUUGGACGAGUUGAAGACUUAUUUGAGCUCUCCACCUAUAUUGAGCUCUCCUAUUGCUAAUGAAGAUUUAUUCUUAUAUUUGUAUGUCUCACAAUUCGCUGUAAGUUCCGUUCUUUUUCGAGAAGAAGCCAAUCGUCAGAGGCCAGUGUUCUACUGCAGCAAGAUGUUGUUAGAUGCUGAAACCCGAUACAGUAUGAUGGAAAAAUUGGCACUCGCACUCCUCACGGCCAAGAAGAAGUUACGACAAUACUUCGAAAGCCACACAAUCAUCGUAUAUACGGACUAUCCAUUAAAGCAGGUACUGAGUAAGCCCGACCUUUCUGGAAGAUUAUCUAAAUGGGCCAUUGAGCUUGGGACAUACGAUAUUCAGUUUCUGCCGCGAAAAGCUAAAAAAGGGCAGGUACUCGCUGACUUCCUGGUUGAAAUUCAGUCGUUCACUCCUGACGCCCUGCCAGAAUUACUAGAAUCAGAAGAUCAAUGGUUGUGGACAAUGCACACUGACGGAGCAUCCAAUUCCCAAGGGGCUGGUAUUGGCGUCGUAUUAGAAGCUCCCUCGGGCCUCAAAAUCGAAGAAGCCAUUCGUUUAGAGCAACCCACGACAAAUAAUGAAGCAGAAUAUGAGGCACUAAUCUAUGGAUUGGAACUCGCACGUGAAAUGGGAAUCCAGUGUCUAAAUGUCAGAGGCGACUCGCAGCUUAUGAUAGAGCAAGUGGCUGGAAAUUUCGAUACUAGAGCGCCCCAUCUGGCUAGCCUCCGACAGAAGGCAACCGUUUUACGGUCGCAUUUUCGCCAGUUCGACCUCACACAAGUACCUCGGGAGCAAAAUCAGAAGGCCGAUGCCCUUGCCAAACUAGCUUCUGUGGGAGGGUGCACACGCCAAUCCUCCAUAUCUAUAAGCCGAUCAAGCAAAAAUAUGGAAGUCUAUUCCACCUCAUCCGAACCUGAAUGCUGGAUAGAUCCGAUCAUCAAGUACUUGACCACUUCCGAGCUCCCACCUAAUCUGAAAGAUGCAAAACUUCUGCGCCUUCGGGCACAACGCUAUUCCAUGAUCCAUGGCAUGUUGUACCGAAAAUCCUUCAAUGGCCCAUAUAUGCGAUGUUUGCGCCCGUCAGAAGCUAAAAAAUUGUUAGAAGAAGUGCAUGAGGGGGCAUGCGGAAAUCACACAGGGGGACGAAGCUUGGCACACAAAGCGCUUACAGCAGGAUAUUACUGGGCGUACAUGAUGACAGAAGCACGAGAUUAUGCUAAAAAAUGUGACAAAUGCCAACGAUUUGCACCCACCAUCCAUAAACCUGCUCAAACCCUACACUCCAUUGUUGCACCAAGGCCUUUUGCAAAAUGGGGAAUGGACGUAGUAGGUGAACUUCCUAAGGCCGUUGGUGGAAAACGAUAUGCCCUUGUAGCCACUGAUUACUUCACAAAAUGGGUUGUGGCAGAGGCGUACGUCACGGGCAAUGGUCAGGCAGAGGCUUCCAACAAAGUCAUCUUUGCCAACAUUAAGAAAAAUUUGGAAGACAAAAAAGGAGCAUGGGUAGAAGAAUUACCAAAAGUGUUAUGGGCUUACAGAACAACAAAACGAUCCUCCAUGGGGGAGUCUCCCUACGCCAUGGUUUAUGGAACAGAAGCUGUCAUCCCAACAGAAGUCGGUCUGCCUACACUUCGGACAGAGAUUGCAUCUGACCCAACAACGAACACCAUUCAAUUACUGCACAACCUAGACCUUCUAGAAGAAACACGUACAAUGGCCCAAGUGAGACUGGAAAAUUAUCAGAAGGUAGCAGAACGCUACUACAACAAAAGGGUCCACUUACGCACAUUUCAAGAAGGAGAUUGGGUUCUGCGUAAGGCCACUGGCAACAAAAAGAAGCUAGAGCCUAACUGGGAAGGGCCUUUCCAAAUCAUCAAAGUACUAGGCAGAGGGUCUUACACUCUAAAGAAUGUACGUAGUGGGAAAAUCGUACCCCGUACUUGGAAUUCAUUGUCUUUAAAGCAAUACUAUUGCUAA